UCCACGACGCAGGGCUGAGAACGCCGGCCGGCUGGUUGUGAGAGCAGAAGCUGUGGCGGACAGUACAGACCGCUGUUCUUAACGUUGUUCAACCACAGCCGGGCCGACUCUCUUUUACUGAAGUUGGAUUUUCCACAACGGCUAAUUUUACUGGUGCAGGUUUGAAAACUUUCCCGGCGUGUGUCUGGAGAUGACGGUAUGAUGAUCUGAUGGAGCUGAUCAGAGAAGAGGUGCCUCUUUAUGGUCAGGUUGAAGCCUGUGUGAUACUGCAGGUUUCUCAGUCUGCUCAGGAGAACGCUGAAUACUAUGUGUUGUUAGAAGGUUCAUCUUUCCACCAUGUCACCACAGCUCAGAAGAAGGAAAAGGGCCGUUUACUGAGCUUUACUGUACCUGGUCACAAUGUCCCAGAGAAGGUCUCGCUGCAGGUGUAUCGCUGGGAGGACAGCAGCAACCAGGUGACCCCUCUGUCCGAGUCACAGGAGCUCUCUCUGGAUUACAAACGAGACAAUGUACAGGAGGUGGCUGAUCUGCUCAUUUCCAAUCCUGACCACCUGACCUCCAUCAAUUACCAGGAUAUCCAGAGGAAAUUUUGCCUUGGAGAGAAUUUCCGAUUUGGGCAGAAUAGUUCAGAUAUGACUAUUCAGCCUGGGUCGUCCAGCCAAGAGCAACUGGAGGAAACUUUAGGAUUUGACAAAAGCCUAGAUGAGCCCAAAGAAGGGCUACCUGGUGAGGAGAAGGACCACAGCCCAAGUGACAGCUCUGCAUGCUGGGAACUUGGUCCAGAGCAUGGAUGCACACCUAAGCCAUGCAGUACUGUCGAUGUGAAAAUCACACAGGCACUUGCAAACUGUCAGUCUUAUUUAGAGUGGACAGGCCAAAAGACACAAGAGUCUCAAGGUCACCAUAGGGAAACACUUCUCCAAAUAGCCGUGAAUUUGGGUCUAUGUCACGUCACCCUCUUCUACCUUCAAAAGUCUGAAGAUCAGAAGAUGACAGUAUUGCCCAAUGGGGAAGGCCACGGUCCUGUUGAACUGACCCAAAGCAGAGAUGACGUAGCAACAAGUUCAUCAACCAAGCCUUCAGCUUGUAGAGAAUCUAGACCAUUGUGGAUGUCUGAAGUGUGGACUGAUGACUCUCACCUGCUCCGAUUCUGCCCCCUAACAAGCUCCCUCGUCCUGACAGUCAAACACAGUGCACACGUUGACGCACAGCAUAGCAUACAGCUCUAUCGAGAAAAAAUGAAGGAUUUAAAAAUGCAUACGCAGGUAACAGAGCUCAGUGAGUCCACUGAGAAGAACAGAAAGAGCUUGACAGAUGACACAAGUGAUGGAGAUUUAACCAAUCAGAUGAGCACAGAGGAUUCUGCUCUGGUGGACAGCGUUUUUGAAGAACAGCUUGUUCUUUCUCUGGAUGAAGACGAAGAGACUCCUGCCUCAUGUAACUCAGAGAAGCCAUGCUCCUCUCCUGGCUCCUGCUCUCCAUUCCAGCCUCACUCCACACACACUGCUGCUGCCAGACUCGCUGCCAUGCUCAGCCGCUCCGGAAAGGUCCCACAGCUGCCUCUCUGCGAUGAUGACCUCAACAAGAAGUACAACGUCGCUGGAGUGACAGGAGACAGUUCAGGGACAGACAGUGGGGUAUGGCUCGGGUCAGGGACAGAAACCUCUUCACCAGGCACAAUGGACACACCCCUGCCUGUUAAAGAGGAGGAGGGGCCCAAGGAAAAGCCCCCCUUCUCUCGCCCUUUCUCUCCAUCGUUCGCUCAUUUCUCCCCCACUUCCCCAGCAGGACUGGUGCUAGACAGAUUUCUUCGCGGCACACGUCCCACUGAACUGACCUACAACAGCGCAGUUUCACCUCCAGAGUCAUAUGAACUUAGCCCGAGUCUUGUGGCCUUGGAAAUGGACAGUGAAGAGGAAGAUGAUGAUUUCCUUAUGAAGAAGCCCCUUCCCCAGAUAUCCUCUGACCAUAAGACCAAUGGAGAGGAGCGGGACAGCUUUAAUCCUGCCCCUGACCUCACAUGCAUCCGCUCUCACUCCGCUUCCUCAGCCUGUAACCCUGCAUCUUCAAAGGAGUCUGUUGAUCAAGGAGGUCGUCUUCGUUCAUAUUCUUACUCAUCCCCCAAAAUCAGCCUGCUGCCCCCUCGCUUUAGCCGUGAUGCCCAGCCCCCAUCUGCUGACCUCAGCCAAGAUGGAGCCCUCUCCGGCAGCAGUGGCAGCAGAUCUCUCCUACAGGCUCUGUCUCUGUCUAAAUCUCUGUCUCUGCUCAAUCCUGUUAAACAGCGGGCAUUCAGCUUAACAGAACAGCCACAAGAAAAGAGGGAGUUAAAGUUCCGUAGACGUGCUCAGUCAGCUGACGAUGAGUCCAGCGUCGAGCUGGACGACUCCCUCCAGCACCUCACGCUCUCCGAAUUCCUCAAAGAAAUCGAAGAGGAAGAAUGGGAUCGGUACAUUAUCCCUUCUAAGACAGAGUCUGAGAAAUAUAAAGUCAGCCGCACCUUCAGUUUCAUCAAGAGCCGAAUGUAUAGCACACGCAAGAAUAAGGGGAAAGCAAAGGAGAGGGAAGCCAAAGAAAAGCAGGGGAAUGGCCACCAGUUUACAGCAGGACCUGGCCAGGGGUCUUCAGUGUGUGAGGUGUGCGACAAGCCUGCUGCUGGGAAAGAAACCCUACACUGCACUAACUGUGCUGUGAGCAUCCACAAAGGCUGUAAAGACUCCGCAGCACAGUGUCUUAAGAAAGUUCAUGAUAAAUAUGCUGUUUCCAUGGUGAAGACCAGAGCGGCCACCCUCCCUCAGAACUACACAGUGCGUGAAACUGCCUCAUCUUCACCAAUGGCCACUUCAGCCUCCCUCCCAGUGAUGACACUGCGGGACAGGAAAGACACGACCCCUCUGCCCUGCCCUCUCUCCAGAAGUGUUCCUUUAGUCCCGGAGAGGCUUGCUGAGAGUCCAGAGGGAGACAACGACUCCUCGUCAUGGAGGACUCCUCUCCAAUCAGAAGAGCUGCUGCAGACUGUGGAAUCCUCCACGUCCACUGAGUCCUCGCUUGUGGAGGACACAGUGGACGCUCCUCUACAGAACGAGUUGGAGGCGGACGCUCAGGAUUUGGAGGCGGAGUCUUGGAGUCUGGCAAUGGAGCCUCAGUUCUGUCAGAAGCAGGAAAAACACACUAUUAAGAGACAGGACGUAAUUUAUGAGCUCAUGCAGACAGAGUUACACCACCUACAGACGCUGACUGUCAUGGCGGAGGUGUUUAGGCGGGGCAUGCGGGAUGAAGUAGGGCUGGAUGCGGACACCAUUGGUCGGAUAUUUCCCUGCUUGGAUGAACUUCUCCUCCUGCACAGAGACUUCCUGUCUGCUAUGAGGGAACGACGGUAUGGCUCUGCUCAGCCUGACAGUGACAGGAACUACCUCAUCCACCGUGUGGGUGACAUCCUGUUGCAACAGUUCUCUCAGGAGAAUGCUGAGACCGUGAAGCAAGUGUACGGGGAGUUCUGCAGCCACCACACUGAUGCCGUCAGCUUCUUCAAAGAGCUCCAGCAGCAGAAUAAGAGAUUUCAGCUCUUUAUUAAACAACAGAGCAGCAACUCACUGGUGAAGAGGCGGGAAAUCCCAGAGUGCAUUUUGUUAGUGACACAGCGAAUCACAAAAUACCCUGUGCUUAUAGAGAGGAUACUACAGUACACUGAAGAGGGCACAGAGGAGCACGCUGACCUGUCUGCUGCUCUGGCUCAUAUCCGUGAUUUGAUCUCGGCGGUGGAUUUGCGAGUGAGCCAGCAUGAGCAGAGCCAGUGGUUGAGUGAAGUUCUGAGCCGGAUGGAGAACAAAAGUUCAGCUAAGCUGAAGGACGGCCACACCUUCCGUAAGCAGGACAUGGCCAGUGGCAGAGCACUCCUGCAUCACGGCCCACUGCUCUGGAAGACUGCCACAGGGAGACUGAAAGAUGUGCUGGCGCUUCUGCUGACUGAUCUGCUGGUAUUCCUCCAGGAGAAGGACCAGAAGUACAUCUUUGCUACUGUUGACCAGAAACCCCCAGUGAUUUCCCUGCAGAAGCUGAUAGUGAGGGAAGUGGCUAAUGAGGAGAGAGGAAUGUUCCUCAUCAGUGCCUCCUCAGUCGGCCCCGAGAUGUAUGAGGUGCACACGGCCUCGAAAGACGAGCGCAACGCCUGGAUGAGGCUCAUCCGAGAAGCUGUGGUAAUUUGCCAUGAAAAGGAAGAUGAUACUGCAUGCGAAUCAGAAGAAGAGAGAAAAGUGGCGGAAGCAAAGGUCCAGAGAAUUCACAAACUACAAGAGUCUCUGUGUGGUCAGGAUCAGCUGAUCUGCUCCAGUCUGGAAGAGAAGCUGCAGAUCUACGCAGAGCUCUCAGCUAUGGCGGGCCACAGAGACGUGGGGCCCGAGCCCAGGCUGCUGGUACGACCAGGAACUGACGAGCUUCCGCAUGCUGCUGUUCUGCUUAACGCUGCACUCAAAGAGGCGGAGAGUCUGAGAGCAGCUCUGUCAUCUCGCUGUGGCUCUCCCUCCUCUUCAGCUGUCCUCCCCACACUCCUGGAGCAGACAGCACCUGACACCUCCGGCAAGGAGUCACUUCCUGCUGCUCUUUCUCCUCCUCCUUCCCCUGCCGAAGGAGAAUCCCCAUUAGUGGACACACCACGGGGUGAAGAGGAGGAGGUGGGUGGAGAGGAAGGGCUGGACCUCCAGCUUCAGAAUCAUAGCACAGCGACUGACAAUCAUAAUAUGCAUAUUCAGGUGUGCCAGAGUGUCCAGAGUUUGACCCAGUUGCUUUACAGUCUGCAGGCGGCCGUCACUAUCCAGGAUAGCUGCUACGAAGUCCAGCGGCUCCUCCUCCUUCUCUUGUCAAACCACGCCCCCCACAACACUCAGCCCCGCCCCUCAGUCGGUCUGCAGGAGCAGGAACGACAGCGGGAGGCGGAGCGUCGCCGGGAGGAGGCGGCGGGCGUGGCACGCCUUCGCAGCACCCUGGCCCGGGAACGGCAGCAGUGGGAGCGCGAGUGCCAUGCCCAGCAGCUUCGGCACAGCCAGCAGGAGGGCGUGCUGGAGCAGAGGGAGCAACAGUGCCACCUGGAGACGCAGAGGCUGCAGCAGGAGCGUGAGGAGCUGCAGGAGCAACUGCAGGACUACCAGCAGAGCCUGGAGAGGCUGCGCGAGGGCCAGCGCAGUGUGGAGAGAGAGAGGGAGCGGCUGGAGACCCAACGUAGACUGCUGGACAGCUGGAGACACGGACGGCAACGAAGUCUGCCUGCCAUGGUCAUACCACUGGACGGUCAGCAGGGCAUCCAUCAUGGCAGCCAGGAUGAGGACACUUCCAUAUUUGUGAACGAGGCAGCGUUCCUGACUCCCUCCAUGAAUAACAGACACCUUCAUGAUCACCAGCAUCAGUACCAUCACAACCCCGACCUGCGUCCUGGACUGCUGGGAUAUACAGACUCCCCCAGUGCUCAGAAUAGUCUGAACUCUCUGCUGGCCUGGUCCAAUCAUAGCCAUCCCACCAUUGGCAUGCCAAACCCUUCCACAACACAAGAGGAAUGGGUGGGAAGCCAAGACACGGGUCCUCCAAGCCAUGCUGGAGUGGCUUGGACAGCAGGGGUAGCAGGGGUUGGACUUUACCAAGGUGACGCCCUCUCCGUGCCUCCGGCUUAUGUUUCCAUGGAAACGGAGAACCGGGAUGCGGAGGCAGAGGAGAACAUUGUGUAUCUUUGAACUGACAUCUGUUUAGACUUGGUCUGAAGUGAAACUGUUGAAGAACAAACACAAACAGAACUCUAGUUAUGGUCAGGAAAUUGCAGUGACUCAAAUAAUCAGUAGAGGCUGAACUUCUCACACAUCAGAGCUAGAUCCAUGUUUAUCGUCGGGGGUGUGGGUUUUCAGACCACGUGUCUUUCGUAUCCUGAUCUAGAGGAAACUGGAGCUCUUAGUCUGAUCUACAGUCACAAGCAAACAUUAAACAAACUCUAACCUGGUUUUAUUAUUAACUAGUUCCAUUUUUCACCACUGCUACCAAACCAUUGCUAAUCUUUAACCCUUUUACAAGUAUGGUCUCAAUGGUGAGAUUUGCAGUGGCUGGUCCCUAGAGAGUACGAUCCCACCGGUGUGAUUCAAACACAGCGGUUACAAUGUUCAGCUUCAAAUACUGACAAAAUAGCUUUAGUUCUAUUCCUUCAUCAGAUCGGUCUGCUGAUUUGUCUUUGCACAACAUACAGAGUAUCCCAAAAAUGCAGCCAAAACAGGGUGACAUUUUCAACACACAUCUUUGUUAAACGUGUUAAACUUGUCCUUUUAUGCUCAGCAGCAUCAUACCAAAUUUUCCCUCAGGCCUCCCUUAAUCUGAGAUAAAAAUCCAUUGUAAAAGCAAGUCUGUGUCCAAAGAAAAUCCGCAUGGAGCCAUAACAUAUAACGGUAGAAAACAUAGACAGCUUGUACAAUUGGGUGCUUUUGUAUUAUUUAUCAGCAAAGCCAUUAGUUUUUAGUAUUAAGAAGUAGCCCAAAGACUAGCGGAGAGCUGUCAGCACAGGCUGUUAACACAAAAACAGCAAAGUAGCAUACGGUUAGCUGUGGAAAAUAUGGCAGAAUUAUUAUAUCACAAGUUGGAAUAGACAAAAUAGAACCUGUAGUGCCACAAUACUAUAAUAAUAAUAACCACACUGUACUAAAUGUAAUUAAACAGGCAUAAUUAUGCGUACUUCUUAAAAAAAGCGGUUAUUCACUGUUCUUUUUACGUACUGACGAUACCCAUGAUACACUAAGAAAAGCAGGCUGUGACGUAGUUUAUCACGAUAACCAUAAAAUUGUCAUAUUGCCCACCUCUACAUGCAAUAUAAAAUAAAUUAAACCUUAUAGCAACCUCAUAACUUCACUGAAGCUAUGAAAUUGCCUGCUUUUACUAAUAAACUGUUAAGAAGCAGAUCUUAAAAUAGUAUUACCCACUUUGUUAGUUCCAAUGAAUAGAAACAUAGGAAGUCAUUAAGUGUCACCAAUUAAUUAAAAUAACAACAGCAAAAAAACAGCUUAUAAAAGAAUUACCACAGGAUCCACAAUCUGAUCAUGUUGCAUGUAGCCUGAUGUUUCCGCCUACCGUUCUGUAGAUGACGUGGAGACGAUUCUGCAGAACAAUCACAUUCUAGAACUGCAGCUACAUUUGAGCUAAAAGAAUUCACUCUGGAGAGAACUCCAUUGGAGACAGAGUUUACUUGUGAAAGGGUUAACAAUCACGUUACACACAUAUAGCUUUAAAUCUGUAGUCUGUAUUCCUGCCACAUUGUGAGCUUGGUGAUGGACUGAAAUCUGGUA